AUGGAUGUUGAAGAAGAUGUCAAAAAAACAAAAAAACGAAUGCUUACAAAAGAUGAGGAAGAAUAUCAAGUAAAGUUAUCUAAAAAACUUUUUUUAAAUCAACAUUUUUCGUCUUCUGAUGAAAGUGAAGAAGAGGAUAACAUUCCAGAUAAAAUAGAUAAUAAAGAAACAAAGACAUCUGUCUGGAAUGAUGAUGAUGAAUCGUUUAGUGAAGACGAUGAAAAAUUAAAACAAAAGAAAAAAAUUCGUCAAAAUUAUAUUCAAAAUAAUAUUAAUAAAUAUUCAUGGGCUAAAAAAAAAAAAUUGACAAAAGAUCAUCAUUCAGAUUCUGAUGAUGAUGAGCUAGAUAAAGUUUCAUCGUUAUUAUCUAAAAAAGCUGGUAAAUAUAUCAAAAAGCAAAAAGGACUUGGAUCUAAAAUAAUAAACUUUAAUCCAAUUAAAGAUAUAAGUUUGGGAUAUCAUACAGAUAAACCUGUUGCUUCUGUUAAAUUUCAUCCUACAAAACCUGUACUUAUGGUUGCAUCUAGUAAAGGUCAAAUAUCUUUAUUUACUGUUUGUGAUCCAAAUAAUUUAAAAAAAAUUGAAAAAGAUAAUUACCUUCAACAUAUUACAAUAAAAAAAUUUAGAUUAGUUAAUGCUGAGUAUUAUGCUGGAGGAACUAAAAUUUUAGCCAGUGGUUACAAGUCAACAUGUUUGUAUUCUUAUGACAUUCUAAGUGGAGCAGUUGAUGAAACAUUCGUUCCAAAAGGUGUUAAAAGAUUUAGCUCUGGUAACUUUACGGUCUCUUCUUGUGGUACAUUAAUUGCAAUAUUGGGUGAUACAUCUGAAGUAUAUAUCUUAAAUUCAAAUACAUUUGAGGUUGUUGCAACUUUUAUUGCUUCAUCUAGAGUAGUUUCUGCAACAUUUUCAAAAACUAAUAGAAAUGAAAUAUAUGGUUAUACGGAGGAUGGUAAUGUUUAUAUUUGGAAUUUGACUUCACGUAGCGAACAAAGUUCAUUCAUUGAUAAAGGAUGCAUUCAUGGAAGUAAGAUUGCCAUUUCAAGUAAUGAUCAAUUUCUUGCCUGUGGUGGUAAUAAUGGUUUUAUUAAUAUUUAUGAUGUAACUAGAGCCAAACUUUCGGAUACUUUUUCUUCUAUUGAACCACUUUAUACAAUUUCGAAUCUCGUAACUAAUAGUAAUAUCCUAUCAUUUAAUAACACUUCAGAGAUAUUAGCGUAUGGGUCGAGUUCAAAAAAUAUGCAGAUGAGACUUUAUCACGUUGGUACUGGAACAACAUAUGAAAACUUUCCACAUAUCUCUGAAAUGAGGGUAAAAGAAAAAGCAGCAUGUGUUGAUUUUUCACCAAACAGUGGUUUCGUUGUAUUUGGUACACAGACCGGAAAAUUAAAAAUGUACAGAUUAAAUAAUUUUACUUCUUAUUAG